AUGGCCAAAAUCUUUAAGGCACGUCAGGAAAUGGCGAAGGUAUCGAAUGGGACACUGCCAAAGCCUUGGCGUUUGGUUUGCUCCUACGAGAAGGGAAUCAUGUGCAAUAUGUUCAGUGCAGUACCUUUAGUCACCGUUACGCCGUCGUCAAAAAUCAGAAUACAAAUCCUCAAGGGUGGUCAGGAGCGCAACAAACGUCACAUUGCUGGGGACAAUAAUGUCCAAGGUUUCCAACGCGUGCGUGUCAAAGGAGUAGUUGACAAUCAACAAGCUGUCAACCGUGUUGGCGGAGGCUCUCCAAACAAGGGUAGCACCAUUACAGCGUUCCGCCGUCCGAAAGCGCGUUGUGUGGGGCCCACUCUGGAUGCAAUCCACAACGGCGAAAGGUACCUGCUUGAUUGA